CGUGACAGCUGUAGUAGUGAGCGCUCGCGCCUUAUAUAUUUACGAGUGCGCGAGCUCGGAGUGAGGCGCUGAAGUGUUAUACGUGAGGAAAAGUUUAUAGGAACUUUAUUUCAGUUGAAUUGUAAAGUAACUGAACUGUUUUUACAAACGGAACAUUUCACUUUCACAGCACGAAUUGUCUCAGAACUGAAUUGGAGUCUUUAAUGAAUCUGAGGUGAAUUAGCCGUGUGUGACCGUUACACGUGCGCGAGCGCCACCCUGUGUAGAGAUUGACACUGAGCGAGUUUCCGAACCGAACAAUGUUCUCCUGGACCAAGGACGGGAAGAAGAAAGACCCGGCGCUGUACCAGACGGUAGCGGACGGUCUGAAGCGGCUUUACCGGAAUAAAUUACUGCCGUUAGAGGACAUGUACCAUUACCAUGACUUCCAUUCUCCUGCGCUGGAGGACGCGGACUUCGAUAACAAGCCCAUGGUGUUGUUAGUGGGUCAGUACUCUACCGGGAAGACCACCUUUAUACAACACCUGCUGGAGCACGACUUCCCCGGCAUGCGGAUCGGACCUGAACCCACCACCGACUCCUUCAUCGCAGUGAUGCACGGAGAGCAGGACGGACUCGUCCCCGGGAACGCGCUGGUGGUGGAUCCGAAAAAACCGUUCCGCAAACUCAACGCCUUUGGAAACGCCUUCCUCAAUAGGUUUGUGUGUGCUCAGCUACCGAAUCCUGUGCUGGAGAGUAUCAGCAUCAUCGACACACCAGGAAUUCUGUCUGGAGAAAAGCAGAGGAUCAGUCGUGGUUAUGACUUUGCAGCAGUGCUGGAGUGGUUUGCGGAGCGAGUUGACCGGAUCAUUCUGCUGUUUGAUGCCCACAAGCUGGACAUUUCAGAUGAGUUCUCGGAGGUGAUCCGUGCAUUGAAAAACCACGAGGACAAAAUGCGAGUGGUUCUCAACAAGUCUGAUCAGAUCAGCACACAGCAGCUCAUGCGGGUUUAUGGCGCCCUCAUGUGGUCUCUUGGUAAGAUAGUGAACACUCCUGAGGUGCUGCGUGUCUACAUUGGCUCGUUCUGGACACAACCACUGCUGGUGCCUGACAACCGCAGACUGUUCGAGGCCGAACAGCACGACCUGUUCAGAGACAUCCAGAGUUUACCACGCAACGCCACGCUGCGCAAACUGAACGACCUCAUCAAGAGAGCUCGACUUGCCAAGGUCCAGGCAUACAUCAUCAGUGCCUUGAAGAAGGAGAUGCCAAACAUGUUUGGUAAGGAGAAUAAGAAGAAGGAACUGAUUGCUAAUCUGGGAGAGAUCUACACCAAGAUUGAGAAGGAACAUCAGGUCUCUCCUGGGGAUUUCCCAAAGCUCUCUAAAAUGCAGGAGCUGCUGGUGUCUCAGGACUUUACUAAGUUCCAGGCUCUGAAGCCAAAGCUACUGGAGUGUGUGGAUGACCUGCUGGAGAACGACAUUGCAAAGCUCAUGACGUUGGUGCGACAGGAGGAGUUGGUCACGCCCACUGCUGCAGUGCAAGGUGGAGCCUUUGAGGGUGUGUCAGUGGGGCCUUUUGGUGGUGGAUACGGAGAGGGUGUGUCUGAGGGAAUUGACGAGCUGGAGUGGGUGGUGCAGAAAGACAAGCACACCUACGAUGAGAUCUUCUACACACUGUCACCCGUCAAUGGCAAAGUGUCUGGCGCCUUGGCCAAGCGCGAGAUGGUCAAGUCCAAACUGCCUAACACUGUGCUUGGUAAAAUCUGGAAACUUGCUGAUGUUGACCGGGAUGGUUUCCUAGAUGAUGAGGAGUUUGCCUUAGCUAAUCACCUGAUCAAGGUGAAGCUUGAAGGUCAUGAGUUACCUGCAGAGCUGCCUGCUCACCUGGUGCCACCAUCCAAACGUGCUCAAUAGAGCUCACAAACUUGACCUGACUAAACCCUGACCACUAAUCCCUAAAGCACUAAUCACUAAAACACUAAGCCCUAAACACUAAACCCUGUGUACACCACCCUAACCCUCACUUAGAGGUCAUGUGUUUGUUUCCCUUCAUCCUGUACACUGAUUAAUUAUUAUUAGUGUUAGCAUGAUUAAUCUGACUCACUGCUGUCUGCAGAUUUAUACAGUUUAUUAUUAAAUAUUCUGCAUUUUCA